AUGUCGAGUGAUCACGUUGAUGAAAUUACAGCACCUAAGUAUAAUGAAUUGUACCAAUUAGUGAACGAGCAACGAGCUAAACUCAAACAGCUAGAAGAUGAAUUAGCACUGGUAAAUGUGAAAAAUGACGAGACACCAUUGAACACUAAGACAAAUGAUGAAUCGAUAGAGUUUCGUGUCAUCCCAGACGUCAAUAAGUCAGUGAAAUGUUUUACUGGAUUGGAACCUUCUCACGUAGCCGAAGAUUGGUUGGAAACGAUAGAGGGUUUAGCUGAUUUGAAUCGGUGGCCAUCCAAAUUUUGUCUACAUUUUGUACGUUCGAAUAUGUCUGAUGCGGCACGUAAUUGGUUUUUAUCGAAAAAUUUUGUGAGUUGGUCCACGUUUCGUGAGAAGUUUAAACUAGUGUUCGUACGUGAAUUACGCAUGGCCGACAAGUGGGACGCUAUGCGCAGUCGUGUACAACACAAGGAUGAAUCACUGAUGUCAUAUUUUCAAGAUAAGGUGCGGUUGUGCAAAGGUGUCAGAUUACAGUUCGAAGAACUUCGCGAUUAUGUUCUACAGGGCAUUUUAUCUCGGGAACUCGCGAUGUAUGCAUUUGGAAGGAAGCACUAUGACGAAGACCAAUUACUCAUAGAUAUAUUGGAGUGGCAACGUCAGUCUGAUCGUCGUGGAGAUCAGCCAAACACUUCCGUAAUUACUAAAGUCGAUCAUAGUAAGAUGUGGUCAAAAAAAGAAACAACAAGUAACCAGGCAGAACCAAGUAAGUUCACAUCGACGACACGAACCACUACGAAAACAGAAUCACCGACAUCUGACUCACGACACAGUACAAUUAAGUGUUACAAUUGUUCUGGUUUUGGACACAUAGCGCGCGAUUGUCCAAGACCAAAACGACCAAUGAAAUGUUCAUUGUGUAGCGCCGAAGGACAUACUCGGGGCAAAUGUCCUUCUGUUAAGCAAGAACAUCCUGCCAGAACGUGCCAGGUUGUGGUGGCGGGGUGUGCAGGGAAGAAUCCGUUUGGGAAACAAGUGAAAAUUAACCAAGUUGAAUUCAAUGGACUCAUUGAUUCAGGUAGUACAGUAUGUUUAAUCCGAUCGUCUGCAGCUGUACGGACCAAAUUACCAAUAGUGUCAUCAAUCAAACCAUUGUAUGCUGUGGGUGAUAUGAAGACACCUAGAAUCACUUCAUUAGCAGAAGUAAUGGGAGAACUGGUUAUCGAUGGGGUUAAGACGGACAAGGUGCAAUUCUUAGUAGUUGAAGACAAAGCAAUUCCAGUAGAAGUAUUGAUUGGACAGUCUUGGCUCAAUUUGCCUCAGAUUACUUACCACAAACAAGAUGACACGUUUGUCGUUGAGUACGCAGAUAUGGACGUGGAAUCAAUAUGUGCCAAUAUUAAUAAGCAUGAACAUGGAGUUCAAGUAUGCUUGGUGCAAGAACAGUCAACAUCAAAAGUGUCACUGUCAACAGAUGAUGUGAUAAUAGGCAGUCAGGUUGACUCCACGCAAAAAGAAGAACUAACAGUGUUACUGAAUAAGUAUCGUGCAGUGUUUGCAUUAAAUUUACAAGAAUUGGGUUGCACGGAUUUGGUGACAAUGGAGAUAAUGGAAGAACAAAACAGUAAGCCUGUAUCGAUGAAGCCGUAUCGCACAUCCGAACAAGAGCGAAGACAGAUAGCGGAAAUUACUGACGAAUGGGUCAGGAGUGGUAUAAUUAGUAAGACCAGGUCUCCUUAUGCGUCACCAGUCAUAUUGGUCAAUAAAGCAAAUGGAAAGAAGAGGUUGUGUGUUGACUUCAGGAGAUUGAAUAGUCAGACAAUAUCACAGUCAUAUCCAAUGCCGGAUGUAGAUUCACAAUUGAGUUCAUUGUCUGCUGGUAAGAUGUUCUGCACUUUAGAUUUAUCGAAUGGUUAUUUACAGAUACCUUUGGCUGAGGGAGCGAAAGACAAGACUUCAUUUAUCACUCCUGAUGCAGUAUACAAGUUCGAACGUAUGCCUUUUGGUUUGAGAAAUGCUCCAGCUGAGUUUUGCCGAUUGAUGGACCAGGUGUUGGGAACUCUCAAGAGGGAAGGUGUUGUUCGUUGUUACAUCGACGAUGUCAUUAUUCCAGCAACAGAUUGGGGAGACAUGUGUAGGAAAGUGGAAAGAGUAUUUCAAGCUCUUGAACGUGCUAAGUUAACCUUGAACCCAACCAAGUGUGCUUUUGGAGUCACUGAAUUGGAUUACUUAGGUUUUAAUAUUAAGGAAGGUCAGCUGCGUCCAGGUCGGAAAAUAGCUGUAAUUGAGAAUUACCCAAGACCAAAAAAUGUCCAUGAACUAAGAAGAUUCCUCGGAUUGACAGGAUACUUCCGUCGUUUCAUAACACAUUAUGCGGACAUUUCUGCACCACUGACGGCUUUGACGAAGAAGGAUCUACCAUGGAAAUGGACGGAUGCACAACAAGGAGCAUUUGAACAAUUGAGGCGUAUACUGACAUCUGCUCCAGUGUUGAAAUUAUACAAUCACGAAUCACCGGUGACUGAAGUACACACAGAUGCUAGCGCAAAAGGUCUAUCGGGCAUGUUAAUGCAGGGUGACACUGAGAAAUCACUACACUUAGUGUAUGCGGUGAGCAAAAGAACAACCGAAGCGGAAUCACAUUACCACUCCAGUAGACUUGAAUUAUACGCGAUUGUAUGGACGUUAAUUCGAUUGAGGCCAUAUCUGCUUGGAAUCAGAUUCACAGUGGUGACUGAUUGUCAGGCUUUGGUAUAUUUGAACACCAACAAGUCAGCAAAGCCACAGGUGGCUCGUUGGUUCGAUCUACUACAAGAAUUUGAAAUGAAUAUCAAGUACCGAUCAGGCGAGCGGAUGGCUCACGUUGAUGCAUUGAGUCGUUUGGAAGGUACUACGGACAGUGUACAAGCAGUAGAAGAGGCAUUGGAUAAUCGAUCCUUGGUUAUGACAUUAAUGACUUUGGAAGAACGUGUACGAUACAUGCAACAAGCUGAUCCUGAUACAUGUCGAUUAAUCAACAUAUUGGAGAGGGGUGAAGGUGACCGAACUCCAUAUGAGAGGAACGCUGUAAAUAAAUUCAAGUUGUUGGAUGGUGUAUUGUAUCGAGAUUUAGAGGGGAUAAGUCGUUUUGUGGUACCUAAGCCUCUGAGAAAGGGGAUAGUGAUAAUGGCCCAUGAUAUGGCAGGUCAUAGGGCAUUGGAUCAGACACUAAAGAAAAUUCAGGAACACUAUUGGUUUUCAAAAAUGCGUAGGUAUGUACAGAUGCAUAUCGGUGGAUGUUUGGAUUGUCUGGUCAACAAGAAGCCUGGAGGAAAACAACCAGGAGAGUUACACCCUAUUCCCCCUGGAAAAAGACCAUUUGCAGUUGUUCACUUGGAUCAUUUGGGACCUUUUGAAACCAGUUUGAAGGGCAAUAGAUUUUUAUUAGUGUUAAUAGAUAACCUUACCAAAUAUGUAUUGUUGUUUCCAGCAAAAUCCACUCACACUCAAUCAGCUAUUAGAAGUUUACAGAAGUUUGUUGAUCAAUGGGGAUUGCCGGAUCGUUUGAUAACAGAUAGAGGGACAUGCUUUACUUCCAAGGCGUUCCAGGAUUACUGUCAACAUAAUGGGAUCAGGCACACUCUCAACUCGUCUCGACAUCCGCAAGCAAAUGGACAAGUGGAGAGGACCAAUAGAACCUUAUUGCCAAUGCUUGCAAUUCAAGCACAAGAUCAAAAAUUAUGGGAUCAGAAGCUGAAAGAAGUUGAACGUGACAUAAACAACACGGAAAGUAAGACUACCAGAUACACACCAUUUGAGUUAAUCCACGGAUACCGGCCUCAGUUUCAUUCAAGCGUGCUGAGAUUACUAGAUGGUGUUGGUACACAUCAGCCUUUGAAUUCAGUAGAGUUACAGGCCAAGGCAAGAGAUAACAUUUUGAAAACUCAGGUAUCAAUGAAAGAAAGAUAUGAUCAGAAAAGGAACAAAUCGAUAAGCUAUGAAGUUGGAGAAAUGGUGGCAAUGCUGCGUGCACCUACCCCAGGUCAAUCUACCAAGCUUCAGACCAAGUAUCGGGGCCCAUUGCAAGUUAUAGGGAAACUACCUGGAAACACAUAUCGAGUCGCUGAGAUGGCAAGGGAUGGUAAACACAUUUAUGCUACAACGGCUCAUGUGUCUCAGUUGAAGGCAGUUUCAAUAAUGCAAGAGGAGCAGCUUGAGGAAAAAGGAAGUGGGUCAUCAGCAGAUGAAGAUGAAGAGACUAACAAAUCAAAUGCUGAUCUACCAAGGGUGGAAGAAACUGUUAAGCUUAAACGUCAAAGAAAACCACCAAAGUAUUUAGAAGAUUAUGUUUAA